AUGAAGGAGGGCUAUGCCCACGAGCUCCAGGAGGGCACGCGUGCCGUGGAGAAUGCCCGGGCCGGUCUUGAGCAAUGGUUUGCCCUUAAGAUUGAGGACGAAGACAUCGUUGGUGAGGAGAAAACCAAGUACGACAAUGUCAUGCGAGCCGUGGACCAGGCGUUUACCGUACUGGCUGGCAAGAUCAAGGCUGUGAAAACAGCCACGGGAACUUCGUUUACGGGAGCACGGGAGCUGCUGGAAGCUGUGGACCAGGAGUUCCAGGGCUACGGUAUGGUGUUGCAAGGCGCCGCAGGUGAGUUGAUAUCCACUUCGGGUAAAUGGCCUAGCAACAUCCAGCGGGAUAUGCUCCGGAGAUGCAAAGCUGCCAAGGUCCCGGUCAAAAAGUUGGACGUCCCUGUGAUCAUUAACGGUGUGCUGAAGAAAAGGAGUCUUCCUGUGGCUCUACCACAUGAAGUGCUUCCCUGGCUUGUGCGCCAGGGCAUCCUCCCGGUGGAUGAUACAGAUCAAAUUCAGAAGUUCUGGGAUCAUGCUCGGAGCACGGGGAUGCCAACAAUGGGGGCAGCGGACUUUCAUAUUCCUCUCUAUGUUUGGGGUGAUGAUGCUAGAUUUACAGAAACACAUGAGGAUAAGUUAGUGGCGGUGGCCUUUGGACGGCUCAUGGAGAAUUCCAAGAAUGCACUGCAGACCGUGUGGCCUCUGUUUGUCUAUCAGCAGGUGGAUCACAAGCUGCUUCUUAUAUUCCUCAGUAUAUACUACUAG